UGUUUCAAAAAUAGAAAAAUAGUCACCUCUCUUCUGUCUGUUUCUCACUCUCUUCUCUGUUUUUGAGUCCUGUUCUUCUCUUCAUCCAAGACAAAACUAUACAAAGACACACACAUAGAGAUAGAUAGACAGAGAGAAGUGGUGAAGAGAAAGAGAAUCUAAAACAAAGGAUUUAAUUUAAACUCAAAACUCAACUCAACCACUUGAGAUUGAUCAAAAGACUGGAACACAGAAAAUGGGUCUCAUGGUGAAUCUAUUUUUUUCUGUGUUAGUUUUGAUGAGAUUUUGCUAUGUAUUUGGAAACCCAGAGUUGAAAGCAUUAAUGGAAAUGAAAGCAUCACUAGACCCAGAGAAUAGAUUCUUAUCAUCAUGGACUAGUGAUGGUAAUCCAUGUAGUGGUUCAUUUGAAGGUGUAGCUUGUAAUGAAGAAGGAAAAGUUGCUAAUAUUUCAUUACAAGGGAAAGGGUUAUCAGGAAAAGUUCCAUCAGCUAUUUCUGGAUUGAAAUGUUUAUCUGGUCUUUACUUGCAUUAUAACUCAUUAUCUGGUGAAAUACCCAAAGAGAUCUCAAAUCUUACCGAACUCUCUGAUUUAUAUCUGAAUGUUAAUAAUAUCUCUGGUAUUAUUCCUCCUGAGAUUGGAAAAAUGGCUAGUCUUCAAGUUUUGCAACUUUGUUAUAAUCAGUUGACAGGAAGUAUACCAACUCAACUUGGAUCUUUGAAGAAACUUUCUGUUCUUGCACUUCAAAGUAAUAGAUUAACUGGUGCAAUUCCUGCAAGUUUAGGGGAUUUAAGUGGGUUAAUGAGAUUGGAUGUAAGUUUCAAUCAGCUGUUUGGUUCUAUUCCGGUGAAGUUAGCUGAUGUACCUGUUUUAGAAGUUCUUGAUGUUCGGAAUAAUUCUCUUUCAGGCAAUGUACCUCCAGCUUUGAAGAGAUUGAAUGAGAGAUUUCAAUACGGGAAUAACUCGGAUUUAUGUGGAGCUGGGUUUGCUUCUUUGAGUGUUUGCAGUGCUUCAAGUCAUCUGACUAGUCAGCCUGAACCAUAUGGUCCUAGAGCAAAUCUCACUAAAGAUAUCCCUGAAUCUGCAAAUUUCCGUGUUCAUUGCAAUGAAACCAGCUGCGAGGAAGCCUCUUCAAAAUCCCCAAAAAUGUAUGUUGUUGUUGGUGUUGUUGCAGUGGUUGUGGCUAUAGCUGUCUCCGGUUUAUUGACCUUCUCUUGGUACCGGCGCCGAAAACAAAAGAUUGGAAGCACAUUUGAUACUACAGAUAAUAGACUCAGUACUGAUCAGGUUAACAAGGAAGUUUAUAGAAAAAGUGCUUCUCCAUUGAUAAAUCUUGAGUAUUCAAAUGGUUGGGAUCCAUUAGCAGACGGGCGUAAUGGCGGUGGAUUCUCUCAAGAGGUUUUGCAGACUUUCAGGUUUAAUUUAGAAGAGGUUGAAUCUGCAACACAGUACUUCUCUGAUGUGAAUUUGUUGGGUAAAAGCAAUUUUUCAGCAAUUUACAAAGGGAUUUUGAGAGAUGGAUCUAUUGUUGCUAUUAAGAGUAUUAAGAAGACAAGCUGUAAGUCUGAAGAAGCCGAGUUCUUGAAGGGAUUGACUCUACUGACCUCAUUGAGACAUGAGAACCUUGUUGGUUUGAGGGGUUUUUGCUGUUCAAGAGGUAGAGGCGAGUGUUUCCUCAUUUAUGAUUUCGUUCCCAAUGGAAACUUGUUGCAGUAUCUUGAUUUGAAGGACGGUAAUACACGUGUUCUUGACUGGUCUACCAGAGUUUCAAUCAUCAACGGCAUUGCCAAAGGUAUUGAGUAUUUACAUGGGAACAAAGUGAACAAGCCAUCUCUAGUUCACCAAAACUUAUCUGCCGAGAAAGUCCUCAUAGAUCAGAAAUUCAACCCAUUGCUUUCGGAUUCUGGCUUACACAAGCUCCUGGCCGAUGAUAUUGUUUUCUCGACACUGAAGGCCAGUGCUGCUAUGGGCUAUCUUGCUCCAGAAUACACAACGACAGGCCGUUUCACAGAGAAGAGUGAUGUCUAUGCAUUUGGGAUGAUCAUUUUGCAAAUCCUUUGUGGCAAGAGAAAAAUCACUCCUCCAAUGCGAGUUGGAGCUGAAUGCUGCAAGUUCGAAGAUUUCAUGGAUGCAUAUCUUGAUGGGGAGUACGCUGAACCCGAAGCUGCAAAUCUCGUAAAGAUAGCAUUGAUCUGCACCCAUAAAUCUCCAAGCCAAAGACCUGACAUGGUAACAGUCAUUCAAGAACUAAAUAUGGUUCCUAACAAUUCCUAGUAUUCACGGCCUAUACCGAAAACAACGGUCACUAGCAUCGUCAUCGUCAUUGUCGCAUCACUAACUACUUACUGAUGUUGGACUGAAAAUUUCAAGCUAGAUUUAAGCAUUGUCCUCUUCCUAAGGACCAAGUUAGGCUUCGUUUGUGAAUGAAAUCAUGUUCCAUGUAUUAUUAGUAGUUUAGAGGAGGAAUUUUGUAACAGAGUCGGUACAUUAACUUGUACUCCUAAUUAAUCUUAAUUUAGCUGUAUAACAAAAUGUCUUCCUUCAUU